UGGAAUGCUCGUCCAGGGUCAACGUGCACUGCCAAAUGAUGCGGCAGCCGCCGCUUCACCGCUACCGCAGCCACAACAUGCAGUUGCACCCCCAUUCCGUAAUUUUCAAGUGGACGUGGAAACAUGGACGGAGUGGUCACGCCAAUUUGGAUUUCAUCUCACCGCCUACAGAAUUCAUGGUAACGAGCGGCAGCCUCACUUAUUGUCGUGUGUAGGGGUGCAAACGUACCGUGUGAUAGUGAAAUUAUUUCCCCGACGCGCCGUAGCAACUCUGUCCUACGAAGAAAUUUUGUCUGCUUUAGAUGCCUAUUUCAAGGAAACAGUCAAUGUAGUUGCAAAGAGGUAUACUUUCUUUCGUACGAAACGUACGGCCGGUCAGACUAAUAGGGAGUGGGUUGCAACAUUGCAAGGCCUUACAAGGGAUUGUGCUUUUGAGUGUGAAUGUGGACUCCCUUAUUCAGAUACAAUGGUACGUGAUGCAAUUGCACAGAACGUUUCUGAUGUUCGUAUACGGGAACAGAUUUUGAAACUAGUUAAUCCCUCCCUUCAACAAGUGAUAGACAUAUUAGAUAGACAAGACACACUUGACUUUGCACAGGAAUCAUUUGAAACUUCAGCUGCCGUGUGUCACAUUAACCGGCCCGCUGGGCGCGCUGCACGGACCGAUAAACAGCCCUCGCGCUCGUCCGCGCAGCUGCCGCCUAGCUCUCCACAUGUGCCGCGCAAGCAUACAAAUGCAGUGAAAUCAUGCCCGCGGUGUGCAACUAGACAUUCGCGUGACAAUUGCCCGUCACGCCAAACUAUUUGUUUUUACUGUAAUAAUAAAGGACAUGUUCAAAGUGUUUGCCAGAGAAAACUCGGAUCAGACACUCUUAAUCAUUCCAGGCCCUUUGCUUCGCGCCGGAAUCGAACCAAGAACACUCAGGCUCGUGGACCUUCGCCUGUGGACAUUCAUGUAGUUAAUUCCACUCCGUCCAGUGCCACUCUUUCUAACAGUGACUGUGUUCGUCCCACAAAAAGUGUGCAUCGACGUCGCUGGAAAUCACGUCAAUUAGCAAGUGAUGCUGUACCUGUAUCAGUUCAUAUUGCACGAGACAGUCGCUCUUGUUGUCGGCAGGACAAUAAACUUUUUGUAGAUUUGGACUUCAAGGGCAAGGUCAUACCAUUCCAGCUCGAUACCGGAGCUACAGUUUCAUUGCUCAAUCACGACACGAACAAACAACUGGGCAAACCUCCGUUGCAAGCCGCAACUGUUAAGUUACAUAGUUAUUCAGGACAGCAGAUCCCUGUGUUAGGACAGUGCACUCUUCUUGCAACAUACAAGGGACAAACAAAACUUGUGUCAUUUUACGUUCUUCGUUCUUCUACUGCAGUGAACUUGUUUGGUUUAGAUUUAUUUCAGUUGUUUAACUUGUCAAUAGUCAAUCAAGUCCUCUCAGUGAACCAGACUGUGCCUUCCACCAGUGUUUCUCGUCUAUGUGAAGAAUUUGCAGACAUUUUUGCACCGGGCCUUGGUUGCCCUAAGAACUAUGAAGCACAUUUGGAACUGAAAGUAAACGCGCAACCAAAAUUUUUCAGAGCGCGCAAUGUUCCCCACGCAUUGCGUGAUGAGGUCGCAAGAACAUUACACGAUUUGGAAUCACAAGGUGUGAGUGAAUGUGUGCAAUGCCUCUUCCCUUUCAGCUCCGCUUCAUCGCUUACGCCGUACAGGUGUUCCGUUCGUCUGGACGACGGAAUGCGAACGCGCUUUUCGCCAGUUGAAAUCGGCGUUGCUUUCAAAUACUUGCCUUACGCCAUUCAAUCCCCAGAAACCCCUUUUGUUGAUGGUAGAUGCAUCGGAUUUCGGGAUCGGUGCUGUGCUUGCGCACAAAGAUGGGUCGCAUGAUCGCCCUAUUGCCUUUGCGUCCAAAUUGCUCUCGUCAGCACAAAGAAAUUAUUCACAAAUCGAGAAAGAAACUUUGGCUCUCGUAUUUGGUGUUACUAAGUUUCAUGAUUUCUUGUAUGGUCGUCACUUUACCAUCAUCACAGACCACAAACCUUUGACAUCGCUUUUUCAUCCGAACAAGCCUGUACCUCCACGUACAGCGCAGAAAUUCAUUCGCUGGUCUAUUUUCCUCUCGCAGUACCGCUACGAUAUCUUUUAUCGGUCCACUGCUAAGCACGGAAACGCCGAUGCGUUGUCCCGUUUGCCUGUUACUGAGGAUAGAGCAUUCGAUUCUUCCGAACUUGCUUGCAUGUUCAUUGAUUCGGAAACCGAUGACGUGGUCGAAUCGUUUCCGAUUGAUUUUCGUCGCGUAGCUACAGCCACAGCUGCUGACCCUGUCCUUGCUACCGUUUUGUUGCUACUCAAUGGCCCUUGUCGAAGUCUCGGAUCGAGGAUCCGUUGGUUUGCCGAUUUUUUGCUCACAAGGAGAGACUUUUUGUUCGACGUGGUGUUUUGUUGUUGCGUUCUGAUAAUGAUCAGUCCAGAGUCAUGGUACCACGUUCGUUACAGUCCUCUGUUUUACGGCUUCUCCACCAAGGACAUUGGGGUAUGGUGUGAACGAAACAACUUGCUCGUCAGCACUGUACUUGGUUCGGAAUCGAUGCUGCGAUUACGAAAAUGUGCUCUUCUUGCAUGGCGUGUGCCGAACAACAAUCCGCACCACCACGGAAAUUCUUUGCAUGGCCAAAAGCCACUUCCCCUUGGCAACGCUUGCACAUCGAUUUUGCUGGUCCAUUCUGGAAUGCUAGAUGGUUGGUUGUGGUAGAUGCCUUCAGUAAUUUUCCUUUUGUUGUCCAGAUGUCUUCCACGACGUCAUCUGCCACCAACCAAGCGUUGUCUGCUAUCUUUUGCAUUGAAGGUCUUCCGCAGACUAUUGUUUCCGACAAUGGCCCACAAUUCAUGUCCGCAGAAUUUGUCAUUCUGCAAGGCCAAUGGUAUUCAACAUCUGACAUCCGCGCCGUUUUCGCCUCAGUCAAACGGUGCCGCUGAACGACUGGUCCGGACUUUCAAGUCACAGAUGUUGAAAUUGAAAGAGUCGCAUUCUCGGGAGGACGCGUUGUUGCUCUUUUUGUCUUCGUAUCGCUCUCAGCCCCAAGAUGGUCGCUUGCCGGCUGAGUUCCUCCACGGUCGUCCUCAUCGAACCUUGAUGUCUUUGCUGCAUCCGCCGCAUCAGGUUCCUGUGCAGCGGCAGACUCCUGCUUUUGCUCCAGGCGACGUUGUAUUCUAUCGCAUCUAUCGAGGUUCACGGCGUUGGCUCGCAGGGCGCAUUCUUUGCUGCCUCGGCCGCGCGAUGUAUUUGGUUUUGAGGUCCUCUGGUGAGGUGCGUCGGCAUCUUAAUCAGCUGCGCCUCUGUCGUCGCACGGGUUCUGCCGUUCCCCGUCUGCUUUCAGCGACGGUGCCGUCCGGUCAGCGCCCUGGGGACCCAUCUACUGGCUCGCCUCAUCCCCAGGUGUUACCAACGCUGCCUUCCAUUUUGCCCCAUGGCGACGCGUCGCUGCCGCCGCUUGGUCUCCCGCCAACGCCACCCGCAGUGGACGCUUCGCUGCAACCGCCAAGCGCCUCCCUGGGUCACGCGCCGCCGAUCGCUUCCCGUGACCAGCUGUCCUCCGCGAUGGAACUCUUGCCCGCUCCGGACCACGUGGCGUCUUCGCGCGUCGGGUACCUCGACGCAAUGGAGGUCGACCCUUCGGCCCCUCCUGUCUCUCUACGGGCACAUACACCGCAUGUUGACGUGCACCCUGGACUAGGUUUUCAGGCGUUUCCUAGCUCCCCUCGGAGCAAAUGGCCGGGUGCGGGUGGCACAGCCUCGCCUGUUGUUAGGCUCCCCACCUCGUCGCAUACGUCAACAUGGGGUCCUCCCCACGGCGGGCGGAAGCCUUAUAACACGACCGUCCGCUGAUUUGCAGGGGAGGAAUGUGGUGUCACCGCCAGACAUCGCACUUGCUAGGUGGUAGUUUUAAAUCUGCCGUGGUCCAUUAGUACAUGUAGGACCCGCGUGUCGCCAUUGUUAGUGAUCGCAGACCGAGCGCCACCCCACGGCAGGUCUCGAGAUACGGGAUAGCACUCGCCCCAGUUGCACGGACGACUUUGCUAGCGACUACACUGUCGAAGCCUCGCUCAUUUGCAGAGCAGAUAGUUAGAAUAGCCUUCAGCUAAGUCAAUGGCUACGACCUAGCAAGGCGCCAUUAGUAACAUUGCAUGUAUCUACAGAGUCUCACUUGUAUCGUCAAGAGCAAUGUACCACAAGUAUGGAUUAAAGUUAAGUAUUCCAGUAGCUACGUACUUUUCUUUAUAGCAUUCAUUACGUAUCCGGUUUCAGACCUCAUGCCCAUCUGCGUGAGCUUAGCGCGUGCCUUUCGGCUACUUCCGUGGCGUGGCUGUCUUGCUACGCCACAACAGAGUCAAACAGAGCUUGGAUGAUGUGUACAGGUACAGCUGCCCAUGCAGCUUCAACACGAUACCACAGUUCAUCAAGAGUAGUGACUGGCAUAUUGCGACGAGCCAGUUGCUCGGCCACCAUUGGCCAAACGUUUUCAAUUGGUGAGAGAUCUAGAUAAUGUGCUGGCCAGGGCAGCAGUCGAACAUUUUCUGUAUCCAGAAAGGCCCGUACAGGACCUGCAACAUGCGGUCGUGCAUUAUCCUGCUGAAAUGUAGGGUUUCGCAGGGAUCAAACGAAGAGCAGAGCCACAUGUUGUAACACAUCUGAAAUGUAACGUCCACUGUUCAAAGUGCCGUCAAUGCGAACAAGAGAUGACCGAGACGUGUAACCAAUGGCACCCCAUAACAUCAUGCCGGGUGAUACGCCAGUAUGGCGAUGAUAAAUACACGCUUCCAAUGUGCGCUCACAGUGAUGUGGCCAAACACGCAUGCGACCAUCAUGAUGCUGUAAACAGAACCUGGAUUCAUCCGAAAAAAUGACGUUUUGCCAUUCGUGCACCCAGAUUCGUCGUUGAGUACACCAUCGCAGGCCCUCCUGUCUGUGAUGCAGCGUGAAGGGUAACCACAGCAAUGGUCACCCAGCUGGUAGUCCAUGCUGCUGCAAACGUCAAACUGUUCGUGCAGAUGAUUGUUGUCUUGCAAACUUCCCCAUCUGUUGGCUCAGGGAUCGAGACAUGGCUGCGUGAUCCGCUACAGCCAUUCGAAUAAGAUGCCAGUCAUCUCGACUGCUAGUGAUACGGAACGCCGUGGUGGAUCCCAACGGACUCUUAUUACCCUCCUGAACCCACUGAUUCCAUAUUCUGCUAACAGUCAUUGGAUCACGAGCAGCAAUGUCGUGAUACGAUAAACUGCAAUCGCAAUAGGCUUGGUAGGCCUUUCUCCUCGUCACAUAAGGCAUCACAACAACGUUUCACGUUGCAACGCCGGUCAACUGCUGUUUGUGUAUGAAAAAUCGGUUGGAAAUGUUCCUGAUGUCAGCAGUUUUUAGGUGCCUCCACCGUCUCCAACCUUGUGUGGAUGCCCUUUUGCGCAGCACAGCAUCAUCUUUCUGUCAAAUUUAAUGUCUGUAGCACAUCAUCUUCGUGGUGUAGAGAUUUUAAUGGCCAAUAGUGUAGUUACCGGUACUUCUUUUGGGGGUGUGCAGUAUUGUAGUGCAGUGUAACAUAAAUGAAUAUUGACAAAUAGUUACCACAGAUUUGUGUUUGCUUGUACUUCCAGUUCCAAGAACAGCUGCCAGCCAGGGCAAGUAGCUGUUUUUUAUGCUGCGAAGCGGUGGGAACGACAGGGGCACCCAUGACUGCCCUCACCAACACCAACAGAAUCAGCCUCAGCCAGAGGCUGGUCGAAAUUAUUUACAUGUGGAAUGUGGAAAUUGACAGGAAAGGAAUGCUCUGUUAAGCAUGCUGUUCACAAAUUAAUGAGGUAGACAAAAUGGAAACGUGGGUGAAGCAGCUCAAGAAAUUAAUUAUACUCUGUGUGUUCCCCAGGGACCAUGAUUAUGGAAAUAACACUGUGUAUAUAAUUUGUGAAAGUCCGUGCACUUCUAUGUGGUCCAAUUAACUGAUAUUAAAAAUGGAGGAUAUCUUUUAUAACUUAAUGCAAUAGAAACUGAAGAAAAUCAGUGUCUAGUUCAACAUACUAAAGUUUAUUAGAAUAGUGAUUCAGGAGCUUGAGUGAAUGUCACAAGUAAUGAUUGUGUGGGGUAGGCCAUUGUAUCAUAUUUUGUACUGCUUCAAACUGCUGCUAAUAGUAGUUACAGUUACAAGGAUGUUGGCUGAGCAAGUGUUAGAUGUGCAGAGGAGCAGUUGGUACAACAGGCUCACCCCUGACGGGCUGUACUGGCACCACAAAAAUGCGGCUAUACCAGAGGCUGGCGAAAACAAGAGAAAUGCUGGACGUGAUAACAGAGUGAGCCGGAAUGCUGUGUGAAGUGUGCUGUGCCAUAAUUAAUAAAAUAGAUGAACAGGAAACCAGGCUGAAGCAGCAAAAAGAAAUAAUAAUCCUCCACAUGUUUCCCUGGGACCCUGAUUUUGGUAAUCACAGCAAACACUCAAAAAAUUAGUCACAUUAUCUGAUUUUUAGUCUUUGGCACUCAUUGCAACACACAUGUUAUACUGUUGUUUAGUACUUCCAUUAUCCUUGAAAAAGCUGUGUGAGUGUGGGUUUUCUUAGAAAUGAGUUGCGUUAAAUGAGUGCUUCCUGACUGGAAACAAUAUUAAAAAAUAGCAUAUGUGCAUUAUGUACCAAAUAGACCUGAUGUUUCCAUCCACAACCAAUCAAAAUUUGUUCUACGCUUCAGUGAUUAAACUUGACACAGCAAAUUAAGCAUGUAACAUAAGAUGGUAUGUUUUAAUAACCAGAUUACUACAGCAUUUUAUAUUUUAAAUUUUGGUCACUAUCAGAAAUGUUGGCAAUAAAGGUUUAUUUGCCCUGGAAAGGCUUUAGAUAGCCAGCUUGAAGCUGGAGUAAAGUUCCAGAAAGCCAGAACUUUAUUCAAUGAUGUACGAGAACUCAGUCACACACUGAUCAGUAAGCACCCUAAAAUAUUCAAAUAAUUGAUUGUCCUUUCUCAUUUCAUGCUGAAAUGAUUAGUUUCUCAUUUG